AGCUAGAUUAUAUUUGGAGUUAAAAACACGUUGUGAACAGAGGGUAGUGAUUUUGGUUUUCUUUUGUAGUUUGUUAAACCGUGUCAGGAGGAUAUUGUAAACGUUUCUAAAAGCGCUUUGACUAAUGCCUGCAAUGUCGGAAAAGUGCAUCAACUACCAAGUGACUGCUUUGCAGGAUAAUGGUCAUUUGACUACAUUAGCUCUGUUCCAACAGUUAAAAGAAAAAAAAAGUACCAUAACUGUAGAGCCACAGCUUGAAUGAUUACUUUGGGUGCUAUCAUCUUCUUCAACAAGACCCUGCAUUGUUAUGAAUUAUGGCUUUGCAAUAAAAAGAACCAGGAUGUAAAUGUUUGCUAGAUAAACACAGUUACACAGGGCAAACAGACCAGGAUAAAAAUGGCAGUUGAGAAUCCGGAGAACCUAAUAUUCACUAACACAAAAAGCAGCAUGUUGCAUUAAAACAGGUAAAGAGAAGAUAGAUGGUGGGAAGAACGGCAGGGGAAAUGAUAGUCUUUAUGGUUAUGGCAAUAAGAGAGAAGCUAGAAGAUGUUUGAAACGAUAUUCUUAUCUGGUUAAGGUGGCUGUUGUUUAUAACGAGUUAAAAUGUGCAAGGAAGAAAUUGUUCAUGUGAUUUCUAGCCUGUGGCGUUCCUAAGAUAUUUUAAUAUGUAGAAUUUUAAAGGGUAUUUUCUAUGAAUGUAUUUUACACUGAUGUAUUAUACAUCAGAAUUAACCUCUUUAUUUUAUGAAGGGCUAACAUUUUGCAAUCCCCAUCAUGAAAUCUCUCAAUCAGAAGGAUAUGUGUUUUGGUUUAAUACAGUUAUCACGCAGUGGGGAGCUGGGUAAAAAUAAUUACGGUAUGACCAAUGCCCUGGGUUUCAAAGCAUUCAGACAAGGUUUUAGUACCUAUAUCCAUCUUCAGAACCCACUGAAAUAUUUUAUCUUAUUAGGUGGCAUAUCACAGAUGAGGGUCUGUGUAAACAUUAAAAGCUACCCACUAAAUCUAAAUCAUUUCAGUUAAUAAGCUAAUAGUAAGAAGAAGGAGAGGCAUCUUACUAACCAAGGGCAGAAAUAGUUUAGUAAAUGAUUGAUAUCGCAAGGUCUCCAAGAUUUUACUAUACAUUACGAUUACCAUUGUCAUUAAGAGUCCUCUUGGGAAUAAAUGGCAAAACGUGUUUGCAAUGGGCAAGAAUACCACUUAUGCCUGAGUUCAGGGUAUACAGACAUUUGUCUUAUUAUUUAAAAAUCCUCAAUAAAAGAGGCCCUUGUUCUUAGGAGACUGUUAAAGAGAAAAUAAGCUGUUCUUCUGCCAUAUCAGAGGGCAUUUCAAAUGAAGGUGUUUUGAGAAAGCAAGUCUUGACCUUAAGCGGAUUGUGUUUGCCUGGGAAUCUCAGAGGAGGGGUACCCAAGAGAGGAAAAAUGGACCUGUGGCCUGGGGGCUCUGGCUGAAUCUCCCUCCCCUCAGCGGCCCAGCUCUCUCUAUUGGGACACGGUGGCGUAAAGAGCCAGGACAGCUGGAUGGGGUAAAACUUUCAUCACCUUUUCAUAGGCCAUAGAGUUUCAUUUAGCCAGCUGAGGUCUCCUUGUCUGUAAAACAUAUUUUAAAAUGUUUACCACAUAGAGUCAUCGUGAGGAUUAGAUGAGAGAAUCAGUCUAUCGUUCAGCAAAUGGUUCUCGCAUGACUUUUCAGUGCCUAAGAUACACCAGUGUGCAAGGCCAGGCCAUAGGGCUCAAGGGCCUCUGUACUAGACUUUAUAAGACUGUUGGUGAGGGCUCUGGCAAUGUCAACAUGGGUGGUACAGGAGCUCAUGGGAGGUGGGUUCCUGGAAUAUGGCUUAUAAUAGGGUCUGUUCCCUGCUAGGAGGCCCAUACCCAUAGCUGAAUUCCCCAGGAUUUCCCCCACCUUGGGCCCAAGGCAUCAGAACUGACGCCCUGAGAGGUUUGGAUGUGUGUGUGUCUGUGGAUGUGUGGUAUAUAUGUGUAGUUUAAGUCAUUUGCUUCCACCCCCAACAGUAUCCCUGUCUAUUAACAGAAUGAGGGGGAGAAAGAGAGAAAAAGAGAGAUUGGGACAGAACCAAAAAGAGAGAUUUCCAGGAAAGGAAGAAAGUUAGAUAGCUCUCCCCAACCCCCUCCCACCCUUACCAUGAAAAUACCGUCUGGGAUUAAACUCGAUGUGAAGAUUAGAGGUGUGGGAGAGACAUUAGGAGAAACUGUUUCUCACGUCAAGAACAGGAGGAAGCAGAAAGCCUAUAUGAGAACACCGGAAACGACAAAUUACACACACAGAGUGAGCCAGUCCAUCAGAAGAAGAGGGGUCAGCCAGGGAGCCAAGCGGGAAAGGGCAGUCUUGCAGCCAGACCCAGCAAUGCCCUUCCCAGCACCGUCCAGGAUGCGACGGGAGUGCUUGGACCCUCAGACACACCCCACGUGGCCUGACCCUGGGAGUAUGCGUGCCCUUUUGUGGAAAAAUGCACAAGGCCUGAGGCCUCAUGCUUAUGGCACCUCUUGCUUUGUGUCUCAAAGGGCAGAGUCUUGCCUCACCUUCUCCUGCAGGUGGAGGGGGGUUGUCCAUGCAGGCCACUGUCCCUGCCCGACUCCUCCACUUUCUCAAAGGAAAUGGGGACACAGAAAACCCCUAGGUCUCUUGCUGCAAGUAUGACCAAUUUUGAAGUCACUGCUGCCCUGAUUCUUUUAGAAGCUUGGAUGAGAAAACUCUUCUAUCCCCAAUUUUCUGAAGGAAAUCUGAAAUUGAUCUUCUCUCUGCACUAAUUUGGCACCUCAUAGCAGUGCCCGGGGAUAGCGCACCCUGUAUUAACCACCCCCUUCCGGCACACCCUCCCCUACUUGCACCCUGGGAUUGCUUUUAGUCAAGUGUUUCAGGAGAUGAAAUCAGCCUGCACUGAGAAGCAAUGUAAGGAACCACCUUGCAAAACUUGUCACUGGCUGUGUUUAGCAUAAAGACGGUGUUUCAUUUCAGCCGUUAUGUCCUCUCUAUGAGAAUUCAGGGGCUGCGUUUCUCUUUAGUCUCAGAAAUAGUCAUUUUUAUUGAGGGGCACUCAAUUUUUUAUGUGGAAGAAUUUAUUUCAUAUGGUUGCUUAAAAGCUUAGCACCACAUGGCAUAUCUUUUCUGUAUCAACCUCACCUCUGGUUUUAGAAUCUUUGUCUUCAUUUCUCUUGGCCUCAUCUUUUCAUUUCUUGUGUUCAAUUGGUUUUAUCUUGCUAAGGUAUAUGUAUCCUUACAAGCUGCCCUAAAUCUUUCGAUGAACAAAACCAGAGGUAAAUAACUAAGGUAUCCACAAGUUAUAUGUUCUACUUAUCUAAUAAUAUCAUGGCGGUGAUCUGGCUUUCCACGGAGAAUUUUCUAGAAGGAGAUAAUAUACUCAUCAGAGAGCUCAAGGAUCUCACCCGGCAGAUUGAGUUCUUAGUGCACAUUAAUAAAUGGACACUUGUGUUCAUGUAAGGGUCUCUUAUGGGCUUAGUGAUGGUGUGUCCCUCUCUGAGAAUGCCCGUCUUGCACUGUUUAUUCCUGCCACUGCUGAACACUAGACAUAUUAAUCCUCUUCCACUCCCUUGAACACAGCAAACUCUUUCCUUCAUCAGGGACUUUGCACAUAUAAAUUAUCUCUGCUCGGAAUGUCCUUCCUCCUUUUCUCUCCACACCCCUCUUUCUCAUCAUUAGAGCAGUAGCGGCACAUUAGAAUGAUUGAGGGUGUGUGUGUGUGUGUGUGUGUGUGUGUGUGUCUUAUUAAUACCCAGUCUCCAAAUAAGACAAAUUAAACUGAAAUCUCCAGGGGUGGAGCCUAGGUACUGGUAUUUUUUAAAAGCUUCUCAGAUGAUUCUAAUUUUUAGCCAGGACGGAGAAUCACGGCUGUAGGUCUCAGCUUAAAUGUUAGCUUCUUACAGAGGCCCUCCUUGGCCACCUCUAGGACACAGACAUUGUCACGCUCUCCAGCUCACCUUCUUCCCUGAUUCCUUUGUAAUAAUCACUACAAUUUGUAACUGUUGCAUAUAUUUGAAUGUUUUUGUCCCUCAUCCUCCACCCCUCAAUUAAGACAUAGGUGCUGUGAGGACAGAAAAUAUAUCUGUCUUGGUCUUUGUGCUUUUCUUCUUGGUCUUUGUACAGUGUCAGGUGCAUAACAGGAUUCUGAGUCUACAGUGAUGAGAAUGACCCUCAAAUAAUACUACUGUUCUGUGGGGACUCCUGGAAGCCAGUGAGGCUCCCUGGAAUAUUAUGAGAGAAUCCAUAUCGAUGCUCAGUGGCUAUUUUACUGCCAAAAUGGUUCCACACACUUUCCUCUUCCCUGACCCCUGUGUGCCAGGAUUUUUUCAAGUGAGAUCUAUAAAUAAAUCCUCAUUUGGAGCAUCUCUUUUAUGUCUGUGUCCUCCUUUAUUUGAUUUUGACCAUUGUGAGUGAGAGAUUCCAACUUGUUCAUCUUUGUGUUCCCACCCUAUUCCAGCACCCGGCACUGAAUCUUACACAUAGUGGGGCUCCAUAGCUAUUUGUUGACUUGAAUGGAGUUGACUUUAUCUUUAUGGCAUGUAGAUAUUCUGACCAAGAUUUCACCCUGGACAGUAGCAUUUAUGACUAUCCAGAUAUUUGAGGCAUGGGGGAUCGUGAGCACAUCAUGAAAGUUAAAUUUGUUGGUCUAGGCAACUUCACCAUAAUCUAAAUGCAGAUGGUCUCUACACCUGGAUUGCACAGAAGGACAAAACAAGUAAAUUUGUGUUUGGAGGCAGAUAAUGAAACUGUGAGGAGUCUGAAAACAACUCAGUCACCUACCUCAUAACACAGGUGCUGGUCCAAAAAAGGAUAAAUUCAUUGUGGGGCUGCUUGAGCUUUCGAUAUGGCUGGGUCAGUUCUUUCUAAAUUAUUAUUUGAUAGUUAUUAAUAAAUCAAAGCAAACAAUCCACCUACUGUUUUCCCUCCACAGUUAGUAUGUUCACCAAGUUGACGUUUAUGUUCUAAGGUACUUUUUUCCUAAGCUUAAAUUAACUAAGACCGGUUAGAGGAGUGGACAUUUUUUUCUCCUUUCUUCUGCUUUAUUUCAUUUCCUUAAGGAAUCAUCUUGGUUUUUCACUCUUCCUUUCCUCAGUUUUACGUAGGUGUUGUGUUGGUGGGAAAUGGAAAAGCCUCUUAUCUGGGAAAUUUUUCAUAUUGUCAUGGAGAAAAAUGCAUGUGCGCGCACGUGCGCACGCGCGCACUCACACACACGCUCAUAAACCCACACAAAUGAAAUCCCCUCUUCAGAGGAGCCAGCUACAGGAAAUUGACUUAUGCACAGGAACUUGCUAAUCUCUAUUGUCACAUUCGGAUUGUUCCUGCCACCUCAGUCACCACGCACACUAAAUCCAUCCAUCUUGGGUUGGAUUCUCUACCAGCUCAACUCUUACAGUUUUGGUUCUUCCAGUGUGAAUCAGCUAUAUCCUUGGGGAGGAAGGAAAAGUUAAUCCCAGAGGAAUUUAUAACAGCGCUUGGGCAGCUUUUGCUUUUACUUACCUGCACUGAACAAAUUAACUUCCGGAGUCAGUCAUUUUGGUGUCAAGAAAUUUCUUUGGCAUUCUACAACAGUUCCCGAAGUGGCUGGGGUCCGUUAGAAGCCGAAGCUGCUGUCUGCUGCCUUCUCCACUUCUUGGAGCAGAAGCCAAGAGAGAGCUGUUUGAAGACGCCACAUUCACACAUCAGUUGAAGACUAGCCGUUGAAGGUUUUCAACGUAGAUUGUGUCUCCCUCGGAUGGACGAGGAGAAUUGCUGUCAGGGGUCCUGAGAAACACCAUCUGGUUUUCAUUCCUUGUGUUGAAUGGCAUUUGCUUCAGCAGCCCACUGAGGGCCCUUUUACUUGGGAUUCUGAACUUGUAACCCAGAAUCCAGGCUGGGAAGAUGCUGAGUUCCAUCAAGUGUGUGUUGGUGGGAGAUUCUGCUGUGGGGAAAACUUCUCUGCUGGUGCGCUUCACUUCAGAGACCUUCCCGGAGGCCUACAAGCCCACGGUGUAUGAGAACACAGGUGUGGACGUCUUCAUGGAUGGCAUCCAGAUAAGCCUGGGCCUUUGGGACACAGCGGGCAACGAUGCCUUCAGAAGCAUCCGUCCCCUGUCCUACCAGCAGGCAGACGUGGUGCUGAUGUGCUAUUCUGUAGCCAACCAUACCUCUUUCCUGAACCUGAAGAACAAGUGGAUUGGUGAAAUCAGGAGCAACUUGCCCUGCACACCUGUGCUGGUGGUGGCUACUCAGACUGACCAGCGAGAGAUGGGGCCCCACAGGGCCUCCUGCGUCAAUGCCAUAGAAGGAAAGAAACUGGCCCAGGAAGUGAGAGCAAAGGGCUAUCUAGAGUGCUCAGCCCUUAGCAACCGAGGGGUUCAGCAGGUAUUUGAGUGUGCCGUCCGAACUGCUGUCAACCAAGCCAGGAGACGCAACAGAAGGAGGUUCUUCUCCAUUAAUGAGUGCAAGAUUUUCUAACUUCCCGGAGACUUCGCCCAUACUCAUUUACUCACCCCAAAGACUAAAGGGACAGGGAGAGCAGGCAAGCCGGCAAGGACUGAUGCUCUUUCUAGAUACAUACUGCACAGCACUUCCUUUCGGAUACAGUUGUUGAUGAGACUUGGCCACUGGCUGUUUUUAUGAAAUACACUCUAGAAAUGGACCGCUUGCCCAGUCCAAAUAGAAGGUCCUAUAAUGAAGACUCUAUCUUCGAUUAAAAAGCCAAAAUAGCCUCCAUAAUUUUGGACAAUGAAGUGAGUUUUUCAAAGAAUUCCAUAUUUAAAGACACAUUCUAUUUAAAUAAUAGUAAAAUGUAUAUCUCUUGUAUAUAAUUAGUUUUUACGUUUGGAAAGUCUUUCCCUACGUGCUCCCACACACAAUUGUAACCCUAUGGGGCUCUGCCAAAGGUCUGUAGUGUUUUCACCUGAAGUAGUAAUUUUGUUAACACCACUUGCCUUCUGGAUAUUACCAGGUAAUCAAAUUUUGAAGUGACCAUAGCCUUAUCCUUGCGAUUAAUUUUCCAUCCACCUGUUACUCAGCGUUGUGUAUAAAAUACAGUUCAAUAACAUAAGAUUCUUCAAUACUGCCUAAUUAAAAAUUAACAUUUGAAGUA